GCACGCAUACGCGAGAUGCAUUUGCUAGCGAUCCUUCCUAACCGAGGCUCUGAAACGCUUGUGAGGCAAAAUUGAUCGCGCCUAUGUAUACGUCACAAACCCCUCUGCACGCUGGAAGGCGAAUACUUAUCCACUGCACCAUCUUCACCGUCCUCACGACAGCGCCCUCGAUAGUGUGAGACCGUGCGGAUCUCAAUUUCUUGUGUCGAUAGCCUCACUUUGAGCUUGGAGUCGUCCCGACGAGAACAACGUCAUGGUUGCCACCCUGGUUUUUAGCGUCAUUGCGAGCUAUGCCAUCUAUCAGAUAAUUUCGAAGUAUCGUAGCCUGAAGCACAAUAUCGCGCUAGCAAACAGCUCGGGACUACCUGUCGUUGUAGCGCCGUGGUAUACGUUCAGCAUCACAUGGUUGUCGACGUUCACGCUAUGGCUGCCGCUGCUGCAGAGAUUUGUGCCACAAUCAUGGCGAGGCAUGUGGUUCGAUCUUCUACAUCCAGAAUGGAGUUACACGACCGGACAUGGGCCUUUCGAGAAGAUGGGUAUGGACAUCUUCAUGGUCGCAACUCCUACCAGAAAUGUUGUUUUUGUUGCGGACGCAGAAGCUGUUACUCAAAUCACGAACCGCCGCAAUGAUUUUCCCAAACCCCUUGACAUGUAUACGUCAUUGGAUAUCUACGGCAAGAAUUUGGUGAGCACUGAAGGGUCAGAAUGGCGCACACAUCGCAAGCUGGUCGCGCCAAGUUUCGGUGACAAGAACAAUGAGCUCGUGUUCAACGAGACUCUCCAUCACGCACAGUCGAUGCUGGGAUUGUGGACGGGAUCCGAUGGUAAAGGCAAUCAAACCAUUGGUGAUCCUUCCGUUGCGGCCAUGAACUUUGCUCUAUAUGUUAUCAGUGGAGCGGGGUUUGACAUACGCGUAGUAUGGCCACAUGAGGAAGGCAAGAAGGCGGAGUCCAAAAAGGGCGGAGAAGACUCUAUCUUUGUGGGAUCUGAAGCUCCUCCUGGCUACGCCAUGAGCUACAGGGCAGCUCUUAGCCAGCUACUCCACAACAUCAUGUGGACUCAAGUUAUGCCACUUAAGUGGCUUGCACGAUCCCCACUAAAAGUCCAUCGUGAAGUCAGCGACGCUGCUCGCGAAUGGGGUAAGUACAUGGAUGAGAUCUAUGAAGUAAAAAAGACCCAGGUCGAGUUCGGCGAGACUCAAGCGGGCCUUGACAUUUUUGACGGGCUGAUUCGCGGAAGCGGUAUUACCAAGAAAGAGGGCUCAAAGAUUACGAAAAGCGAUCUUCUGGGUAACGCCUUUGUGCUCAUGUUGGCCGGUCAUGAAACAACAGCCAACACACUGCAUUUCUCGAUGGUAUUACUCGCCAUGAAUUGGCCGUCUCAGAAGCGACUACAGGACGAUAUCGACAACAUAUUCGCAGGCAAACCUAUGGAGGAAUGGAAGUAUGAAGAGCAUUUCCAAAAACUUUUCGGAAGCAUGCCCGCGGCCGUCAUGAACGAAACUUUACGGCUACUACAACCAAUCGUUAACAUUCCAAAGUCUACUGCAGCGGAUCGGCCUCAGCCAUUGAAUAUUGGGGGAAAGCAGUAUAUGGUGCCUGGUGACGCUCACGUCUUCCUCAGCGCGGCCAUCCAUCGCAACCCGAAAUAUUGGCCAGCACCAUCCGACGGCUCAAACAAGGAAGGUAUCUCAGAUGUAGACCAGUUUAGACCUGAACGCUGGCUCGUGGACACCAAGCCUGACAACGACUUCAUCGACAUCAACUAUGACGAUGAAGGGCUACGGGGACCGUCAGGCGAAGACACCUCAUCUGAACUCUUCAAGCCCGUCAAAGGCUCAUACAUCCCCUUCAGCGACGGCUUUCGGUCAUGCAUCGGUCGACGCUUUGCUCAAGUGGAGAUCCUCGCGGUGUUGGCAGCAAUCUUCUCCCAGUAUAGCGUCGAGCUCGCAGUCGAUGACUUUGCUAGUGACGAAGAGGUGGAGAAGAUGCCAAAGGGAGGCAAAGAAAGGAGAGAAGUAUACAAGAUGGCUGCGGAUAGAGCCCAGGACAUGCUUCGGACCAAGAUGGCAAGCAUCAUCACGCUGCAGUUGAGGGGUGCCUCGAUACCAGUCAGAUUGAUGAAGAGGGGAGAAGAGAGGUUCGCUUUCGAUGACUAAGGCAAAUUGCGUUGGCCUUUGUAUGUAUAAUAUUUCGGUAUACUAUCUAUACGGUUCAAGGUGUGGUGAAAGCUACCCCGCAUACGUCACAACCUCGAGUUACCCCACCGAGAGCGACUACAUCCGUCAUAACUCCGUUGAAAUUAUCAACACAUAUAGCAUUCACAAGAAGAAUCCAUAAACACAUGAACUUCAUACCUAAAAAGGACACUUAGCUACCCAAUUCAGCAUACCUCAGCAUGUCACCGCCAGUCUUCCCACCCGAAGAGCUCCGGCAAAUAGUCCAAGAAGUAGCCACACUCCUCAAAGAGCGCAAAGAGACCAUCUCCGUAGCAGAAACAGUGGUCUGAUCUCCGCAGCACUCCUCUCCUUCCCCGGUGCAUCAACCUACUACCGCGGUGGUCUC